AUGUUUCGUCGCCAUUGUGUAGUUGUCGAGUGGAUGUCUCAACAUUCUGAAUUUGAGUGGAUAUUAUUUAUUGAUGGGGAUAUGGCUGUUGUUAAUCCAAAUCAUUCUUUAUUUGAAUAUAUUAAUGGAGAACAAAUUAUUUUUAUUGAUAGAAUAUUCAAUAAUGAAAUAAUGGCUGGCAGUUAUUUAGUUAAGUAUGUUAAUAUUUAA